AUGCUACAGCCGCGCAGCUAUCUCUACACGCAAGCACCGACUUCCAUUCUUACGUCCUCCAAACCCAAAGAUACCAGCAGAUAUGAACAACAGCGGUUGGAAGGGAAAACCAGACCUCUUGCGAGAGAUUCUGCGGACAUGUUUUCCGCACCCACAACCAUUCCUAUAUCCACCCCGAACCCAACCCCAACCGCCACCCUGAGACCAACGACAACUUCUUCGCCAGUGCUGAUCCCUCUGCCCGCGCGUGGGCAGCGAGACGCUUCGCAUGGCAGAGCCCGACCAAACCGUCGUCCCCAGGCAGAUGCUAUUUCCCCCUCGGUUGCUGCGCUUCUUGCGCUUACCUCGAUUCCUCAUCCGAAAACCAGCAGUCUGCGACCAAGAGGCGGUGCCACGCAGAGGCAGAGGCACAGGCAGAGGCUGACGGUGGACGCCAUCUUGGAACAAACGGCUUCAGCAGAGAAGCCACUUGGCCUGGCUUUGGGAGAGGAAAGGUCUCCGUUGGAUCUUUUGCUCAGCGCCCCAGAUGACGACGAUACAGACACAGAUGUAGUAUCUACGUCCAUGUCCAUGUCUGCGUCUACCAGAAGCAUUUCCAGCGAGUCCAUCCCCUCCUUGGACGGCUGCUCUCUGUCCCUCUCCGAUGCCUCGCCACCUUUCACUCCAGUCAAAACUCCUGCCUCCUUGCGUAGCAGAAGGCCGAUGCCUUGCCGCCGGACCCACUCGCUCUCGCCAUCGCUUCUUACACCACCAGAGGACCAUCCACUAUCUGAGACGGAGACCUCCGUCGAAGAGCUGGUUUUCCAGGUCUCCCCCCAAACCCCAGAGCAUAAGCAAGAGAAGCACCAUGCCGAAAUCCAUUGGCGCAAACCAGCUUUCUUCAAGUCCAACCUCACGGCGUCACUGAGAGCCCUGAGAUCAGCCGCCCGGUCACUUUCGAGCCUGGCAACACCCUUGUCCAUCUCCCCGGAUGAUUUCACCACUCGGUCAAUCGGUUCCAUCGAUCCCCAAGUACCAUUUACCGACGAACGGGUGCCUCCUCGACUUGAGGAUGCGCCAACCCCAGCUCUUCGCCGGUACCUCAACCCAACCACGAAUGCUCCCAUUGAAGCUCACGUCCCGAAAUCCCGGACCCAAACGAUCAGUUCGACGGCUUGCACGGCAUCGAUCCAGAUGCAGACGUACAGGGUAUCGUGCGUGGAAAAAGGUGCCUCUACACCAGAGGUCAUCAGCCCGCGCACCCAAGCGACCGAAGUAGCCGAGGUCGAGGUCGCCGCUGGACCGUUAGCACGCCAAAGAGAUUUGCGCGAAAACAGCGACUUCAUCCGAGUCGCCGUUAUGGAGAUGCUCAUGCGCAAGAACGGAAAAAUUGACGACCAGAAACCAGGUAGAGCUAGGUGGGCGCUACCACCUAGGAAACCACCGACCAAGCCUUACGAGAUCUCGGACGAUGGGAUCCCCGUACGGUGGAUCGCCGUUACGAAUUGA